AUGUUCAACUCGGUGAACCUGGGCAACUUCUGCCCCUCGCAGGCGCGCAAGGAGCGCGCGGGCGGAGGCGGCGGCGACUUCGGCGAGCGCGCGGGCAACCUGUACCUGCCCGGCUGCGCCUACUACGUGCCCGACUUCCCGUCCGUGCCCCCGUUCGCCCCCGCCCGCCAGAUCUCGUACCCGUACGGGGCCAACCUGGCGCAGGUGCCCCGCGAGGUGCCCUACGCGCUGGAGCCCUCGGGGAAGUGGCACCCGCGCGGGAAUUACGCGGCGUGUUACCCCGCGGAGGAGCUGAUGCACAGGGAGUGCCUGCCGCCCGCCGAGGUGCUGAUGAAGAACGAGAAUUAUCACCACCACCAUCAU